CGACUCGCAGCCUUCACUUAUCCAAAUACGAGCACUUGGUUGAUCUGACCCGAGCCGAAGGCUACUAGCCAUGGCCUCUGCUGCAGGAGUUGGAGACAAGUACCGGUCGUUCCUGCACGGCGACGGCGAGAAGAAGACGGUGUGGAGGAAUGGAGCCCCUCCCAACUACGACCUGGUUAACAAGCUCUUCGAGGAAGAGAGGACCAACGAAUGGCCCGAGGGAUCUCUGGAGGAGAAGGUGCAGCGCUUGCUCAAGAGCUGGGAGAUGGAGAUGGUCCACAAGGCGCGCCCCGAGGACCAGAAGAGCGUCGUCCGCUCCGACAACUACUCCGCGAGCACCAACGGGCUGAAGCCUCUGACGCGGAAGGAGCUGAUGGCCAUCGGCGGCUACAACGCGUUCCUGGCGACCACCCUGCCGCCGGAGCACCGCAUCUACGACCCGGACAAGGAGUCGGUCGAGUCAGCCACGUCCACCUUCCUCACGGCGUUUCCCCGGGGCUUCGCCAUCGAGGUGCUCGACGUGUACAGCGGCCCGCCCAGGAUCGCCUUCAAGUUCCGGCACUGGGGUUACAUGGAGGGGCCGUUCAAGGGGCACCCCCCACACGGCCAGCGCGUCGAAUUCUUUGGCGUCUGCAUCUUUCAUGUUGAUGAGGAGAUGAAGGUGGCCAAGGUAGAGUACUUCUACGAGCGUGGCAACUUCCUCGCGGGCUUCUUGAGUGCGUCUGCUUCUGCUACUACUGCACCGGCUUCAGGUUGCCCUGUGAUGAGAGGAAACUAAGACGCGACAGAAUUCGUGAAACAUGUCUAGUAGUAUUUCUGUAUUGCCCUUGAAUGAUUACCUACAAAAUGUCAGAUUUGUGAGGAAUAUUUAAGUAAAGGAAAAAGUUAUAUAUUUUCUUUAUGGAAAAGGCACAAGCCCAAAUAUAUUACGUAAAUAUCAUCCCUU